ACAAAAGCGCAGACACGGGAAGAGAGAAAGACAAAAUCCCUGUUCUUCCUCUUCCUUCCUUCAAAUUUCCGCAUUCAUAUAUCUCUCCAUUUUCAUUUUCUGUAUCAUAUUCCGGAUAUAUUUGAAUUACUAAUUUCGUAUUAGCUGGUUGAUUUAUUGAUGCUGAAGAAAGAUAUUUGAAGGAUUUAAAUAAAAGCACCGCAGCAUAUGAUUUUCAAAUAAGAAACUCUGAGGUUUCUGCUUGAGGACGUUCCCGUGAUUUGAAGCAUGUUCUGCUGUGGAGAUGCAGAAGAGGAGAGCGGUGGUCCACCUUCUAAUCAAUAUACCGCGCCUCCUAGAGGAGGACCUCCUAGAGGGGGGACAGGAGGCAGUAAUAGAGGAGAACCAAGAGGUUCUGGGAUGGUAAGAGGUGGAGGUGCAAACAAAGUUUUACCUAUUGAAACACCAGCUUUGUCGCUAGAUGAGUUGAAUAAGAUAACUGGUAACUUUGGCACAAAAUCUUUGAUCGGAGAAGGUUCCUAUGGACGUGUUUUCUAUGCAAAGUUGAACAAUGGAACAAGUGCUGCAAUUAAGAAGCUUGAUACUGGUUCUUCCCAAGAGACAGACUCUGAUUUUACAGCGCAGCUUUCCAUGGUAUCGAGACUCAAGAAUGAUCAUUUCACAGAGUUGAUUGGUUAUUGCUUAGAGAACAAUAAUAAAAUUGUGGCAUAUCAGUAUGCCACUAUGGGAUCCCUACAUGAUGUAUUACAUGGGAGGAAGGGUGUACAAGGAGCUGAACCGGGUCCUGUUCUUAGUUGGAGCCAAAGAGUUAAAAUUGCUUAUGGUGCAGCGAGAGGCCUUGAGUUUCUACAUGAAAAGGUUCAGCCUCCAAUUGUACAUCGUGAUGUCAGAUCCAGCAACGUCCUUCUGUUUGAUGAUUUUGUAGCUAAGAUUGCCGAUUUCAGUUUAACAAGUCAGUCAUCUGACACAGCUGCUCGACUGCAUUCAACUAGAGUCUUGGGAACAUUCGGCUAUCAUGCUCCAGAGUAUGCCAUGACAGGGCAGAUAACCCAGAAAAGUGAUGUUUACAGUUUCGGGGUGGUUCUUCUCGAGCUUUUAACAGGAAGGAAGCCAGUUGAUCACACAAUGCCCAAGGGACAGCAGAGUCUUGUUACUUGGGCAACUCCGAGACUGAGUGAAGAUAAAGUAAGGCAGUGUGUGGAUCCCAAGCUGGAAAACGAUUUUCCACCAAAGGCAAUUGCUAAGAUGGGAGCAGUUGCAGCACUUUGUGUUCAAUAUGAAGCUGAUUUUCGACCAAACAUGACAAUUGUUGUUAAGGCUCUACAACCACUUCUGAACUCGAAACCAGCAGGCCAAGAGUCUAAUGCAUAGAAAUGUACACUACCAAUGAACUGUGUAACUUACAAAAAUGUUGCAAUGUGAAAUCAACAUCUGAGAACCACAAUGGUAAACAAAGUCCGGUGAAGUUACACGACUGCCUCCCCAUGAUAAUUUCAUUCUGAAUACGUAGCAACGUCAUAUGUUAGCGUUAAAGAUAGCUUGAGAUCUCUCAGAAAAUCAUCGAAAAAUGUACACUAUUUUCAACUGUAUUGUAAUUUGUACAAUAUUGUAAGAAAAUGCAUUAUCCAUUGUUAUUUUUCUUGCA